AUGGCUUCUUCUUCAAUUAAUAUUAUUAACACCAUUUCUAAUUCAUUUGAACCAGUUCCAAUGCCUGCUCAAAAAAGUAUGGAUAUGAUUGGUUCUCCUGUAUCCUCCAAUACUAAUGCAUUGUCUUCCAAUGAUUCAUUUGAUGAUUUUGUGACUGUUAAAAAUAAGAAGAAACUUAAACGUAAACAUAAAAUGAUGACCUCGUCUCGUCUUCAAUCUGAUUUUGUUCCAACAUCUGUUUUACCAGAACCUAUUACUUCGUCUUCAAAUAUUACUGAUGCUGCUACUACUAAUUCUAAUAUUUUGAUAUCUAAUGGUGAUCAACGCAAUGAUACGGCUAAACGUUUAUCUCCUCCUCAACAAAUAUCUAUUACAACUGAAUCUACUAGAUAUGCACAAACACGUUAUCCCUUUCCUCCUUUCGUAAUUAAAUUUAUUGCUGGUCAUGUUUUACCUAAACAAGUUAAAGAAGAAUUAUUGAUUCAUUGUAAAAAUGUAUUUCAAACUGAAAUUAACAUUUUAAAUUGUCGUUUAUCAAACAUUAGCUCAAACAAUGAUUAUGAUAUUCUUCUUUUUGUAAAGGAUUCUUAUUCUUACUCAUUCUUAUUAGAUCAGAAACAUUGGCCUAAUGUUUUUAAUAAUGUGAAUUAUGCUUUUCCGUCUGACCAGGUGAUUCCUCCUCAAUUAUCAUUCAUAGUUAAGAAUGUUGAUCUUCAUUUGGACUUUGAUGAUUUCUGUUCGGAAAUUAAAUUACGUUAUCCAUCUGUUAAAAAUGUGAUUAGAAUGAAAAAUAAAUUUCAAAGUUAUAUUAAAUUAGUUAAACUUGAACUUACUUCAUCUAGUGUACGAGAAGAAUUAUUAAAUGGAAAAAAAAUUACUAUUGGAUACAUUGCUUAUGAUAUUGCUGAGUACUUAGCACCAGCAACAGUUCUCAUAUGUUCAAAAUGUAUGGGACUGGGGCAUUUCAAGAAACAAUGUUCUCAAAUUAAAAAUACAUGUCGUACAUGUGGUGAUUUAGUUGAUGAUUUAAAAUUACAUAUUUGCUCAAAAAUUGAAAAAUGUAUCCAUUGUGGUCUCGAUCACAAAUCUAAUUCUCUUAAAUGUCAUGUGGUGAAAUCUUUUAGAUCUGAAUUAACUCGUAAACUUUUAUCUUCUAAUAAUCAUUCUUCACAUGUUUCACAAAAUGGAAUGAUUGAUUUAAAUAAAAAUGUCAAUAUUGUUUAUAAUGAUUCACAUUUUCCUGGUUUACCAGUAGCUCAAAACUCCUCAUCUAAUCACAUGUUAAAUAAACUUGAUAAUUUACUUGCUCAAAUUGCUGAAGUUAAUGUUCACUUAUCUAAUCUUAAAGUUAAAAAUGAUAAAAUUGAACAAAUUACUCUAGCAAAAAAUGAUAGUGAUAUUCUUAUUAAAGAAAAUUUAAAUUUAUUGUCAAAACAAUCGAUGGAGUUAAAAAAAGAGGUGAUUGUGAAUAAUCUUAAGGUGGAACGCCAUGAAAAAAUGUUUACCAAAUUAAUUAUCCCUAUGUUUGAAGAUUUUUUUAGCUUUAUUACAAUACAAAAUUGUGAUAGCAAAGGAAGAACACUUGAUGCUGAUCUUAAACUCAAGCUUGAACGUUAUCUUAUUCAAAUGAAAAAAGCCAAAGAAGGAGAGAAUAAACAUGGAGGAAUAUUAGUGUUAGUUAGAAUUGGUAUCAUCUCCAGUAGAAUUAGAUGUGAAUUACCCAAUGUAUGUGUUGUUGAUAUAAAAGGAGAAGAAGAUUUUAGAUUACUAGGUGUGUAUGCUCCUAAUAGUAAAUCUUGGUCAUGGGAUGAUCUUUCAUUGUUCUUAUCCAAAAAAUGUAUCGUCUAUGGUGAUUUUAAUGUUGAUAUUAUGCAAGAUGGUCCGAAAGCUGAAUCUCUUUUAGAAUGGACUGAUAAUCAUUUUUUAGCUCCUGUUAUUCCUUCAUCUGCAACUUCCCUUCGUUCAAAUAGAGUGAUUGAUUAUGCUUUAGUUUGUGGUUUAAAUAUUGAUAUACAAACUUAUAAAGGAAAUACAACCAGUGAUCAUAGACCAGUUAUCUCUACAAUUCCUUUUAAGGUUGCUCGACAAAAACUAGAUAAAUAUCGUUCAGCUUUACCAGUUGAAUUACGAUCCUUUUUAUCUUAUAUUAGAGCUCUUUCUUUUCGACAAAUUAGAACAAAAUGUUUCAUUUUAAAAAAGGAGGUGUUAUUCUUGAAAAAAAUUGCUAAAUAUGAACUUAAUCGUUUUUUCUCUUCUAAACUUGAUUAUCUUCUUCAUGUUCGUAACUCAUCUUCACCUGCAGCUAUCUCUUUUUGGCAUAAAAGUAAACGUUGUUUAAUAACUUCUUCAUCUACUAUUCAUGCUCUUGUUAAUACUUCAGGAGAAAUUAUUAGAGAGAACGAACAGAUGUGUGAACUUGCAGCUGAUUAUUAUGAAUCUUUUUUCAAAAGUUCAAAUAUAAUCAGACCUCAUCCUUACACGGAUAGUCCACCAGUUAUGUUCGAUAAUAUGGACAAUAUUAUUCCUGAAGUUACUUUAGAUGAACUAAUGACUUCUAUUCAUUCUAAACGUAAGAAGAAAUCUCUUGAUGCUCAUGGUAUUGCUAAUUUUAUGUUUAACUUUUUACAUUUUGAUCAUUGGUCCUUAUUGUUAAAACUUUAUAAUUAUUCCUUUCAAAAUUCUAUUUUACCUUCUGCAUGGAAAGAUACUCGCAUAAUUUUAUUAGCGAAAAAAGAACAUGUAUGUCCUCCAUCUUUAACUCGUCCUAUUUCUUUACUUGACUCUUUUCAAAAAGUUGGUGAAACACUCUUUCUUACACGAUUUCGUAAUGUUCUAUUUCAAAGAGGACUUCUACCUGAUAAUCAGUCUGGUUUCAGAGAAAAUUUUCGUCUACAAACUCGUCUAUUACUUUUCCUUGAAGAUUUACGUAGUUUAAAGUCAAAUAGUAGCCCUAUUUGCACUAUUUUUGUUGAUUUUCGUACAGCUUUUGAUCAGUUGUGGUUUGCUGGUUGUAUUGGUAAACUUCAUCGUUUAGGUAUUCCUCCAGCUUAUUUAAAUUGGAUAUAUGCCUGGUUACUCGAUAGAAGAGGUUUUAUUGAGAUUAAUGAAACUAGAUCUAGGUGGUUUAAUAUUGAUAAAGGUUGCCCCCAAGGUAGUGUUUUAUCACCUACUUUAUUUAUAACUUAUAAUUGUGAUUUGGGUAGUUCUUUGGCUGGUUGUAUUAGUCACUUAUUUGCUGACGAUUUAGCUGGAAUUGUUGCUGGUCAACUUGGUAUUAAAUAUACCUAUCAAUGUUUGGAUUUAGAAAAACGUCUUAAAGUUUUUAUCGAUCAUCUUGAAUACUAUUCAUGCCUAACUGAUCAACCUAUUAAUACUAAUAAGACUCAAGCUUUAUUUACUACGCGUGCUAUUGGUCAUCCUAAAUUUGAUAUUCAUUUUAAUUUGGGUUCUAAAGAGAAAAUCAAUUGGGUAUCAGAAUAUAAAUAUUUAGGUUAUCUAAUAUCUUCCAAAUUAGGUUGGGAGAAUUUCAUAUUUAAAUUAAAUAAAGCAACAAGUUCGACUAAGUAUUAUCGAUGUAAUGAUCCAUGUUGCAGUGUUGUUGUUCAUACUGAUCUUGAAGAUAAUUUGCUGAAAAUCAAAGAUGAUCAUUGUCAUCCACCCGAACCUGAAGAAGUUCAGAUUCGAACAUUUAGACAAGCAGUGAAAACACGUGCUAUAAAUGAAACUACACCUAUACCCCAAAUUUAUGAUGAAGAAGCACUGCGAAUAGAUCUUUCACAAUUAUCAAUUGCUGCUUUACCAUCUCAGAGAGAAAUGAGUCACACCUUAAACAAAGCACGUCGUUUCCAAACACCACCAAUUCCUGAUACUCAAUUAUUUGAUUUACCUGAAUGUUAUACAAAAACAAUUAAAGGUUUAUCAUUUUUAUGUAUUGAUCAAUUAGUAAAACGUAAAACGCGAAUGUUGGUAUUCGCUUCCAAUGAACAACUAAAAAUGUUGUUUAAUAGUUCAGUUGUGUUAAUGGAUGGUACGUUUUCUUCUUCACCAUCAAUAUUUAGUCAAGUUUACUGCAUACACUCAAUAAAAUAUGAACAAUCAUUUGUCUGUGUUUUCGCUCUUUUACCUGAUCAGAAAAAAACUACGUACAAAUUUUUAUUAAAUGGAUUACGUGAUAAAGCUGCUGAAAUGAAUAUGGUGUUUAAUCCAACUACUAUCAUGUCAGAUUUUGAAGGAUCUCUUCUAGAAGUUUUAAAAAGUGAAUUUCCUAACAGUCAGCAUCGUGGGUGUUAUUUUCACCAUAACCAAGCGAUUUAUCACAAUAUUCAAAAAUUAGGUUUAUCAAGUGCAUAUGUUGAUGAUGAUCAAAUUCGAAUAAUUUGUCGAAAACUUAUGGCUUUGGCUUUAUUGCCCCUUUCAUUAGUUAUUGAAGCAUUUGAUAAUCUCUAUGAUUCGGUUCUUGAAUCAUCAUCAACAACAUUUAAGUUACUUGAACCUUUAUUUAAAUAUUUCGAGAAUCAAUGGAUCAAAACAGUUGAAAUAAAAAUAUGGAAUGCGUAUGGAAUACAAAUGCGCACUAAUAACGAUUGUGAAGGGUAUCACAAUCGGUUAAAUUCAAGAGUAUGUAAAUAUCAUCCAAACAUAUGGACAUUCAUCAGAUGUAUACAAGGUGAAGAAAACAGAUUCAAUCAUUUGCUUAUUCAAAUGAAAGGUGGUCUUGCAGCUCGUCCACAAACGAAAACAACUCAAGCUAUUCAAAAACGUAUUGAUAAUUUAUAUGCUCGUUAUGAGAACAAGGAAGUGUCACCCGAUGAAUUAUUGGAAGGCUUAUCAUUUGUAGUUGCUAAAAAUAGCAAAUCAAAAAAAAAAUAA